UCGCGAGGGAAGGUCAGAACGGGGGGAGGUCGCCAUGAGGAAGAGACAUGGGUAAAGCAGGUGCAAACGGAUAUUGCAACAGGAUGUCGAAAUAUGGGAGAAUCGGGGUAACAGGAGGAGGCGAAGGACGAGAAAGGACAAGCCGGGGUUUACCGCGUUCUUUAUGGCAGAAUAAGCAUCGAGGAGGGGAAGGAGGAGGUGGAGGAGGGGGAGGAGGAGAUGGAGGAGGAGGAGGAGAAAGGAUAAGCCGGGAGGGUAGACGUAAUGUGUUGACUCCUCGUGAGCUGCAGGCCGUGGCGAUGACCGUGUCCACGAUCGUUCUUCGAUGUCAGCAGGAGAGGGCACUGGGGCGACUGAAGAAGCAGUUGCGCGUGCGUAGACGGAGGAAAUUGAUGCAAGAUCCGUGCGAUGGGGCCGAAUACGUGGCGACGUCGGAGGUUAUUGUUCAGCUGUGCUACGCGUUGGGUUGUGGAGUGAUACCACGUGCGACACCACGGUGGUGGGUCAAGCGCAGGACAGGAGGCACGUGGGAAGACCUCAGGCAAUGCGACGAUGCGACAGACGACUACUUCCAGGAUAAGCUUCGAAUGUCGCCGCGAGUGUUCCGAGAAAUCGUGGAGGCGUUUGCGCCUCAUCUUCAGCGGCGGGUGACGUUCUACAGGGAGCCUUUGCACCAGGACCAGAUUGUGGUGUAUGCGCUGUAUAGGUGGGCUUCAGGGGAGACGUACGAGAGCAGCACGUGCAACUUCGGGAUUGGACGAGUUUCUGGCCUGAUUGUCGUCCGCGACGUGACUGCCGCACUGCUAAGGGUGUUCGGAGAGAAGAUCGCGUGGCCGACAGGAGUUCGUAAACUCGUCGUUCUGCGGGCGUUUGCUGAUAAAGGGUUCCCCAAUUGCCACGGUUGCAUUGAUUGUACUCACAUCUACGUCGACAAGCCGGCAAACGCUCCGAGCGAAAACUACUACGACAGGAAGCGUCGUUUUUCCAUCGUCGUGCAGGUUGUUGUCAACCUGGACUUGCGUGUGCUCGACGUGCACAUGGGAUACCCAGGUAGUUGCCACGACACUAGGGUGUUGCAGUUGUCCAGCCUGUCACUGCGCGCAGAGGAGAGGUCGUUGUUCCAUGGUCCCCCCGUGACACUGUCGUUCGGUGUGAAGACGAACGGGUACGUUAUGGCGGACAAUGGCUACCCCACUUCCGAAUGGACGGUCGUCCCGUAUGGAGGCAUCAAUCAGCACGUCGACGAGGAGCGGUUUGACAACAAACAGAAGGUGGCGAGGGGAGCGGUGGAGAGGGCGUUCGGCAGGCUAAAGGGCAUGUGGCGGCUGUUUCUGCGGACACACAAGACAAACCUGGAGACGCUACCGCAACAGUUCACCGUCGUGUGCAUACUGCACAACAUGCUGAUGCCUGUCGGUCUGUCGUUGCCCAGUCGUCGAUCCAUCCUAUCGGCUUUCUUUGAAAAUCUCCUUCUGCAAGCCGCGACCAGGACGAGACCGACGAAACACACGUGGAAGAAGACAACGACGAGAAGCAGCACGACGACGAGGACCAGCAGAGGCAUCCUGUGCAGCAGGUCGACCAUGUAAGGGUCGUUCGAAGGGCUUCAGUGUGACGUCGGCGGUCGACCGUUCAAUGAACAAGCCCGUCGACA